AUGUCCAAUCCCGAGACCCCCGAUCCUUCUGUCUCACCGAGAGACUGCUUCGACCCUCUGCUUUCCUCAGCCCACCCGCAGCUGAGUGAGGCAACUGCUUCCGUCGACUCCUGCAGCGGCCCACACCCAGACCUGCUGAUCGACCCAAGUCUUUCCGAUCUGGAGCUGACGAAUUCCGCAUCGCCGAUGGGCCUUGGGGCUUCCUUACCCUCCUCCGAUCGCAAGCAUAGUUCGACCGGUAACAGCCCAUCGGAGUCGGAGCCUCGCACGCCAGACGCGGUGGAGGCGCCGUGGCCCGUUGAAUUACCGAUCCUACCGAGCUGGGCGGUCACGGAUGCCACGGCCCCAACCCCCUCGUCGGUGGUAUCCCAGCAAAGGAUUCGUAUCACGGUCGGCAAAAUGGCGCACGUUGCCACGGUGCAAACACUCCUAGAGCCUCACCCUACAACAGGCCAGUGGCUAGAUUACAGAGCGAGAAAUCUUCCGCCCAUCGCAGCAAGCAAAGGAGACGAUCGGACAGCGGAGGAUACUCUAGCGUUCACCGGCGAUGGCGACAAAUGUAUUGACCUCGACUGUGAUUUAUUCCCAUCCCAUUACACGACUCCCAAUGACGCGAUCGAUUCCCUCGAGCCAGGAGAUGUCGAUGUCGACGCCGUGUUUGAUCAGUAUUUAUGCUCUCCUUCACUCUCGCCCUCGCCCACCCCUUCGCCGGACGACACGACCAGCGAAUUAAGCGGACCAACGUUGUGUGAUGCCGGACGCGACCCGUCCCAUGGUUUCUCGGAGUUAUACACGGAGACAUUGAGGAGUCCAGCUCCAGAAAUUUCUCCAGAGAGUGAGAUAGCUCGAGAUCAAGAUUACCCUUGCCACUCCGCGAAUGGGCCUUGCAUCCGUCUGCGAGUUAGCCAGCCUAAAAUCACGCUCCGCCUUAAACUCUUGGACAGAGGCCAAUCCAGAAAGAAAAAGGGAAAGGGGGAAUCCAGGAACUCAGAGAAAAGGGAGGAAAGGGAAAGGAGGUAA